CAUCCUUUUGGAGAGAGGGGAAAGUUCAGCAUCAGCCUCACAUGUAUCUGUCUCGAAAAACUAGGAUUACAUGUCUUGCAGCAGACAAAUUUAUAGACAAGGCCGUCUGUCAAAAUAGGUGUUAGUCAUUUGUUUAUUUGGGUUAUUGUGACCUCUGUGUGUGUGUGUGUGUCUGUGUUGUUUGUGUCUGAUAAUGAGUGUGUAUCUGCUGGUCCUGUGUCUGGCUGUGCUGCAGCAGGGGGGCAGAGCCAGGCCAGAACCUCCAGGCUGCACAAGCCCUGAGGCGGUGAGGGUGGCAGAAGAGGCUCUGGAGCAGAUCAACCGGGACGGGACACAUGGAUACAUCCUGAGCCUCAAUAGACUUUAUGACCUCUCACACACUCCUGAAGAGGAGAAAGGUGGGUUGCUCUACAAACUGACCAUUGAUGUCAUGGAGACCAAAUGCCACAUUACCAGCAGGAAACCAUGGAAACAGUGUGAAGUCAGAGACAUCAGUGAUGUUCCAGUGUAUGGCGAGUGUGAGGUAUCUGUCCACGUUGGUACUGAAAUCAAACUUCGGAGCUACUCCUGUGCACUCCGUGAAGUUCCUGCCACUGCAGUGGUGGAUGUGUGUCCGGACUGUCCCACAGCUGAUAACCUGAAUGAACCCGUCAUCAAGGAGACAGCAAAUCUCUCCCUGCAGAGGUUCAAUGAGGAGAGCCGCCUGGUCAACUACUUCUCUCUGGAGAACAUUACAAAAGCCAGUUCACAGUGGGUUGUGGGUCCAUCCUACAUUGUGGAGUUCACCAUCGUGGAGACUGUCUGUUCAAAGAAAACAGAUGCCAGUGAACUGAGCAACUGCCCACCUAUGGACUGUCAGUUUGCUCAUCGAGGCUUCUGUGUGGGCUCACACAUGGCUCACGAAGACCAGUUUGAUAUCAGACUCCCUGUCGGAAAGAAGGACAGUUUAUUUCAGUAUCAUAAUCCUGUGGAGGUGAAGUGUGAGAUCUACGAGCCUCAGGCUGCGGAGGAGGAGGAGCAGGCCCAUGCAAAGGCAGACAGCAAGCACACUGAGCAUCAACACCUCAACCACACACAUCUGCACCCACAUGAGCACACGCACUCGACCACAUCCACCUCAGACCAAGCCGGAUCCAAGCCCAGAGUCUCCUUAGGGACUGUGGUGCUUCGGGCGGCACCUCGUAGAUCUGCCCCAGCAGCCGGCUCCUGUCCCGGACCUCGCAGACACAAUCUGGGUGUAGACAGACUCCGGCUUUGAUCGGAUAGACCAAGACCAUUUAUCUUUAAUUCAUUAGGUGCUACAAAACAUCUUUGCUCCAAAGCAUGUUUGAAUAAGUUAUGAAAGGCAAAGAAAUUGUGAUCUUGAAGUAAAAUGUGUGAUAACCAUAAUAAUCCUUGUAAAUAAUCAGAUUAAAGUUAUUGUUUGAAAACUUUUA